AACACGCAGCAGACUCGCUCCGGCACUUUCCCCAGAACACGGACCUUGCCGUCGUGGGAGCACAAACAGCCGUGAAGACCAACUUUGCCAGCUCAAGUCAACAGUAUUUGAAGAUGAUGCGAUUGCUGUUCCUGUGUGCGCUGCUGCUGCUGCCAGCUGCCACUGUUCUUUCUGAGGACGUUGAAGCAUCAGGCAAUGAUGAGCAGGACGAUGAGGAUAUCUACAAUGACACGGUGAGAAACAAUCUUGGUCGCGCCGGCUCAGUCAUUGACAAAACCACCGGGGCGGACACCACAGAACAAUUGACGGUGGUCGUCAUCGUGGUGGCUGUGACCGUGCUGGCUCUGUCGGUGGCCGCCAUAGUCGCUAUCAUGCUAGUCAGGCGCCACAUGCACAGAAGGCGACAAGGGAUCUACUCGGUGCCCACAGAGCAGCACCACAAAGCAGCUGUCUAGUUCCUGGUGAAGGAGCAGCUGGGACCUGCAGAGGGGAGCCACGUUCCUGCCUCCUCUCCUCCUGUGUGAUUUCUCAGGACAAUUGGCUUCUUUGCACAACAACCUGCUUUACACCACCCACCUCUGUCAAACCCUUAUCUCUCUAGCAGCAUGUUUGUUUCUGUCCGCUGCCGUGAAACACUUCUCUCUCUAACAGACAUUUGGAAAGCGUCUAACUGGAUUUGAGGAAUCUAAAUCAAGGCAGCUUCGCCUGUUUAAUUUGCCAUCCUCUUUUUUUUUUUUUUUUUUUUUUAACACCUGAAAGUAGAAUGAUUCCCUUUGCGAGGAGCGACACUGUAUUAGCAUUUGUCUGUGUGAAAUAGUCAUUGAGUGAGACAAGCCAUUCUAAUCCACACUAAGCUACUAAGAUAGGCGAGCGCACACUUCAUUCCCCGAUUCACUCUCCUGACAUCCUCUGUUCCCGGCCGAUUCUGAGUGACAGACGCUCGUGCAGUAAGCAGAUCACCCGGCUCUCUUUUUCAGCAGGACAGGAGGGAAAGUGGCUUCAAUAUUGAGCUACGAUGAUGUCAUUGAGAUGCCACGAGGGUCGAUGAAACCCUGAUAGUGUUGUUUUUGUUCAAAGCACUGGCUGCUUUUCGUGUCGGAGUCAAGAGAGAAGAGGCAACACAAAAAUCGGGAUUCCUAUCUUGUGCUGUUUCUGAAUGUUGAAUAACAAUACUUUAUUUAUUGCAACACCAAAGUAGUCAGUAGGAGUGGAGCUGAAGUUUUUGGGGCAUUGCUGUUACUAGUCAUAUUAGCGUGGUGUGCGAGUGUGCCAAAGCCAGAGGGAGCUUCAAUGAUGGGCCAUGUGAUUCCAAUAUUGACUUUCUUCUCUCAUAAAUGUCCCUCAUUUUGGAACCAUAUUUCUUUUUUGUUUUUUUAACCACGAUACAAUGAACCUCAAGUGUGACUGAGCGCUGAAAAAAGUGGGGAAAGGCCAUUAAAAUAAAUGAAAGAAAUAUGAUCGUGUACUGGAAGAGGAAAGGUAUUGGAGUCACGUCGCCCUGACUGUACCUGACAUCAGGUAGCAUUUCAAAGGGAGGACAAUUGGAACAAAAAGCUCCAAUAAUAUCAUAAAACACAUUUCAGUUCAUGUAGAUUUCUGUUGCUCAAAAUAAAACUGUUAAAAGCAGAGUCUUCUCUUUGGAUGCUUUUAAAAAUCAGACCUUUUUUUUCUCCCUUUGCCUGUGACGUUUUGUGUAAAUAAAAUACAUGUCGUUUUUAAUGCCGUGCAUGAGUUCUGCUGAUACCUUUAUGAUGCUAACCUUUUAUAUAUUUUUUUACUAACAGGGUCUUUUUAAACGAAUGUGAUGAGUCGAUUGGUGGGCUUUGUUUGUAUAUAGCUAUUUUGCUGGUAAGAGAAGCUUUAAUUGGACCACAUGCACUUGUAUAAAUCUUGUUUAAAAAUACUUCCCAUGCUGCAUUUAUCGGUGUAAUCUGUUUGCGCAGCUGCAGCCUGCUGAAUUUUGAUCUGAUAGCGACACAACUGUACAUGACAGUGUCGUAUGUAUCUCCAGGUUUUGUUGCUUUUCACAAUAAAGCUGCAUUAAAAUCGA